AUAAAAUGACAUUCAAUACAUUAAAAACUGUCCAAAACGGAACCUGAAUAAAACGAAAACCUGUUCAGAACUGAAACGUACCAAUUCGGUACUGUACAAUUCCGAUUUACACAGGUUUUAAUUUAUUUUGAUAGCUGGAUUACAAUUAUUCUGAUAUGCGAUAGACAUAGAGACUGAAUGAUGUAUGUAGCCAUAAGAGCCAAUUGAUGAAGUUCCAUUAUGCCACUGUUGAUAGAAAAUUUAAGACUUUUUAAUCCGAUUACAUUAACAAGUUUAUACUUAUGCGGUGAUUUAACUCUUUCUAUUCAGGACUUUCGAAAUGAACAAUAGCGAACGAUAAUCAAUCGUUUGUUGGAAGAUUAGGAUUAGUUGUUGGCAGAAUUUUCUGAGCAACGGUUUACAGGCCCACCAGUGGCCAAGCAGUUUAGUUCGCCCGGAUGGGUUGGUCACGUGAAGGUUUUCGGGUUUUCCUCACUCUGUAACGACCAAAUAGGGACCAGUUACCCUUAAAGGAUCUCCCGGAAGGCAUCCCCCUAGACAGAUCGCCCGUAGAAUGCCAUCAUUUUAGCAGAAAACAAUUAUUUUUUUAUAAAAGAAUGAUCAAGGACGAGGUCCGACAUAUCCGGUUCGAAUCAUCCGUGAAAAUUUCUGAGGUUCUGACCUGGACUUUAUCAUAAAUUCUCCAGAAGAAUAUCAUUUGAUGAGUUAAAAAUAUAAAUAAAGAAUUAAAAGGAAAAAAAAUUCUACAAAAUUCUCACAUCAUUUUAGCGACGAGCCUUAUAGAAUGAAGUAAACGCAAUGAAAUUGCAGCUUCAUAUUUUACAUGUUCUACGUAUUAUUUCGUUUUUAUCCGCUCAAAAUAAUUCUUCGAUGAACAGUGAAUUCAGAGAAAUGUCACAAGUUCGACAGCAAAACGAACUUAUUCGUUUUACCCAACAGGAAAAAUAUUUAUUUAUUGACCUUCAUAACAAAUACAGGGGAAAUGUAACACCUUCAGCUGCCAAUAUGCAAUUCAUUGAAUGGGACAAUAAUUUAGAAAGGAUCGCACAAGAUUGGGCAGAUAAAUGCAUUUGGACUAAAGGGAAUCUCGCAGAUCCUAGCCUUAAAGAAAAAAUGGGACAGAAUUUAUACCAGGGUUCUACUCGUAAUCCACAAGAUUCCAUGGAAUAUUGGACCGAAAAUUCCGAACUUUAUAAUUUUAAACGAAAUUUUUGCAGAAGACCUAACCAAUGCCAAAGUUAUACUCAGAUCAUUUGGGCCGAAACACGUUUUGUCGGGUGUGCAUUGAAAAUAGGUUGUUGGAAAUAUAAAGAAAUAAAAUAUUAUGUUGUAUGCAAUUACUAUCCCGCGGGUAAUACAAUUGGACAUCGACCGUACGAAGAAGGUGCAUCUUGUUCUAAAUGUUUUAAAAGUGAUGGAGGAUUAUGUUCCGAAAAACUCUGUGUUAAAAGUGCUCAAUGCGUUCAAUACGCUUUGCAAUGUGGUUGUAACUUGGCCUGUCAUAACUGCGGCACAUUGAAUAAACACAAGUGCAAGUGUCAGUGUAAAGAUGGUUGGGACGAACUUGAUUGUUCAAUUCCAUGUCUGGACUAUGAUGAGAACUGUGGAGAUUACAUGUGUCCUUUGUUUAAAGGAAAGAAAAAUCCAUGUAGAAAGACAUGUGGUUUUUGCAACUCGGUGAAUAAAGUAAAGUCAUCAAAUAUAUGUUGUGAUGGAAAAAUGUGUCCAUAUGGAUCUGUUUUAAAUCAGUCGUGUUCUUGUAAUAUUUUAUGUCCAGGACCAAAAUGUGUGGAAAAACCUGACAUUAAUCUUUGA